AUGUCAGGAAUUAUGCUAGCUCAGGAGCUGCACGCAGCGAAGGACCUCAGGCUGGUGACGAGGUCGAUUGAAUCUCCCGCAGAGGACGAGGUGCAGAUUGCAAUGAGAGCAACUACACUCUGUGGCUCUGAGUUACACUAUUUCACCCAUUUUGCCAAUGGAGACUUUAAGAUAAGAGAGCCUCUCUCUCCAGGUCACGAAUGUUCUGGUGUGAUUGUUGCUGUUGGCGCGGCUGCUGAGAAGAACCGUGACCUCAAAGUUGGCGAUAGAGUUGCGGUAGAGGUUGGUGUGCCGUGCGGCGACUGUGAUCGUUGCGCAGAGGGCACGUACAACGUCUGCGGAAAGCUCAGGUUUCGAAGUAGUGCGACGGCUUUCCCCCAUUAUCAAGGCACGCUGCAGCAGCGAUUCAAUCAUCCGGCGCAGUGGGUUCACAAAUUGCCCGAGAGCAUAUCGUUCGCGGAAGGUGCUCUUCUGGAGCCUUUGGCCGUUGCUAUUCAUGCUGUAUGUAGAGCAGAUGCGAAGAAGGGUGCCAGCUGCCUGGUCGUUGGAGCAGGUGCCGUGGGACUUCUCUGCGCGGCCGUUGCUAGGAGUUUCGGGUACCGACACAUCGUGCGGGCCGAUAUUGUCCAACACAGGCUCGACUUUGCUCUCUCAAAUGGCUUUGCCGACGCGGCUGUAAAAAUUCCAGCUCGGAGGUCUCGUACCACUGAGGAAGGUCUGGCCUUUGCAAAAGAAGACGCAGAGACCUUGCGUCAGCAGAACGGCGACAAGACAUUCGACAGGACAUUUGAGUGUACAGGCGUUGAAUCUUGUGUGAGAACCUCGAUAUAUGUAAGUAACAUCCGGUAUUUGCAAGACAAUGGUAAAAAAGCUCACUCGCUGCUGAAGGCCACUCGCAACGGGGGCAAGAUACUUCUCGUCGGUAUGGGAACACCGGCCCAGACGCUACCUAUAUCGGCCGCAUCACUGCGCGAAGUUGACAUUAUCGGUGCUUGGCGUUAUGCGAACUGCUAUCCCCGAGGCAUAGAAUUGAUGGAGCAUGCAGGGCGGGACGGCAUCCCGGAUCUGAAGAAGCUCAUCACGCAUUCUUUCCAAGGCUUAGAGGAAGCUGGUGCUGCCUUUGACAUGGCCGCAAAGACUUGCGAUGAAGAGGGGAAAUUAGUGAUCAAGGUAGUACUAGAAAAUGCCGAGUAG